AUGGAGUACGUUUUCGAUGUGUUUUUCGAAGAAUCGUUCCUGGUGAUGGAACGCAGCGGGCUAAAAACGCGCAGCGGUCGACGGGACGUCAUUGACCACUUGAACUCGGUGAUUUCCGGCUGCAUUCAGGGUCGGCAGACGGCCAGCGUACAGCUGGCGGUCGGACUGGCCGUAAAAUCGGCCAUCGAUUACCAUCGGAAGAUGAAGAGUGACAAUUUCAAGAUUUGCAUGAUGGGCAAGUACCACAACGUGCUGUACAUUGCGCUGCGGAUCGCUUGGGAUUGGAGCUUGGAGGAUUCGGAAGUGAUCGGGACUUUGCUGGAGGAGAUUUACGGUUGUGAAAAAACAUUUGAAAGAAUUUUUCUGGGAGCCCUGUUUGGAUCGACUGCGCCUCACUUUAUUGCAGGCUGGAAGAGCGACUUCAAGGAUCAGGAUGAAAACCUUCGAGCUUUGGUAUUUUUUCUGCAUCAUGCUGGACAAAGCAAAUCGUGUUUUCUAAGCUAUUCGUAUGCUUUCCACGAUAUGGUCCCUAAACAAUUCAUAGACAUUCCUAUAGAAUCAUGCGGAAAAGCGGCCCCUCUCCGUGUAGCUAUUCAAGCGUCUGCUCCUGAUAUUCUAAUGAUUCUUUUACGCCACGGAGCCGACCCGAAUCCUGACGAUGGCGGAGCUUCUCCUGUCAUUAGUAUCCUGGAUAAACUACUCGAAUACGAAAGCCGUGCCUAUCCUUACCAGCUGGUCUCCUGUCUUGACUUGCUACUCCGUUGUACUAUCAUGGUUGAGCUGCCCUACAAACCACAUCUCUUCCACGUACGCAGGGAAAUGUUCGAAACCAAAUAUGCCGUGCUCUUGCAAGACAAGAUUAUCUCUCCAAAGCAGGUCUUCGGAGUUCCUUCCCUAAAAGCAAUAUGUCGCUGUCACGUACGCAAUCAGCUUCGGGACAGCUUUCAGCUUCCACGCGGAAUCAACAAGCUUCUCGUUCCACGUAAAAUUAAAAAAUACAUAGACUUACUCGAUUGA